AGAACUUUGCAUUUUUCGGUCAGGUUUUAGCGCUGGUCAGCUAGGCCAUGGUUUCGGGCUAGCCAUCUACCCAGCGAUGGUAGAUAUCACCCAUCCAUGGGUAAGUGAUCCGAUCCCGGGAUUCCAGAAUCAUGCCAACCAGCGAUGGGAGAUAUUACCCAGUGAUGGGUAAGCGGCCUUCAGCCCAAUUGAGUUCUAGAACCAUUCCAAACAGCGAUGGGAAGCUCUACCCAUCGUUGUUCAAGCCUUGGACCAAUAUAAUCACAAGGCAGAAUGCCCUUAUCCAGCGAUGGGGACCUUUACCCAUCGAUGGGAACCAAGCGAUGGGAGGGCAUACCCAUCCCUGGAAAGGUAUUUUCCUUCGGGUUGAAGUCUUAGAGUGCGGUAUCUCCGAGCAAGUGUUGUUGAGGCUCGUGGGACUCGAGUUCUCAGAUUGUAACGGUUUGAUAAGCACCCGAAUAGGUGAAGGGAAAUCAACCACACGGCCACCUCUUUUUGAUGGAACCAAUUAUACAUAUUGGAAAGAACGAAUGAGAAUCUAUAUUCGUUCCACGAACUUCCAAUUAUGGUUGGUUAUCAAAAACGGGAAAGAGGUGCCGAUGAACAAAGUCAGAGAUAAGUUUAUCCCCAAGACCGAAGACGAAUUUGAUGCCGAUGACAUCAAGAAAGUAGAGAACUACGCAAAAUCGAUUAACAUGCUCUACUGCACGGUCAACCCCGAUGACUACCGUAAGAUCUCCUGCUGCUCAACCGCCAAGGAGAUGUGGGAUAAGCUCGAGGUGACGUAUGAAGGAAAGGACCAAGUACGUGAAGCCAAGAUCGACUUCCUCACCCAAGAGUAUGAGAUGUUCAGGAUGAAGGAGCAUGAGAAGAUCGACGAUAUGAAAGGGAUAGCAUUAAAAGCCGUCAAAGAAUCAACAAUGAAUGAUUCAAGCGACGAUGAUGAAGUCAAGCUUGUCAUGAAGAAGUUUUGCAAACUUCUAAAGAAGAAAGAAAAGGUUGAGGAUGGCCCUGUGUGCUAUGGAUGUGGUGAAGCCGGGCACAUCAAGAACAAAUGUCCAAAAAGCGGAAGGAAUGCUCGUCACUUCAAAAGGCAUAGAGCAUACAUCUCUUGGGGUGGAGACUCUGGUGAUGAAUCAAGCAAACAAGAGGAAGAAGAGGAAGCAAAUCUUUGUCUCAUAGCUCAAGAAGAAAAGAAGUCCGCCAACAACGAAAACCAAGAGUUUCAGAGUCUAUAUAUAUCAAAUUGUGGCAAGAGCGUUUCACAUUCUCACAUUAUGGAAGGAACUUCUCGAGCUCUUUCUAAUACCAUAAGAUUCGUUGGUCUACUUGGUAGUCAUGCUCUUGGUAGCAAUCCAAGGUUCUUGGCUACAGCGGUUGAUUUAGGACGGGAAUUGGUAAGGCAAAAAAUCAGGCUUACCUACGGAGGAGGCAGCGUUGGCCUUCAAGGAGCUGUAGCUUCAACAAUCUAUAAUAAUGGUGGUAGAGUCAGAGGUUUCAUACCAGGGUAUAUAGCAACACGACAGGUUUACGGACCUACGUACGGUGUAGAGUACACCGUCUCCAGCAAUUACAAUAAGUACUUCGAGAUGAAUCAUAUUGUGGAAGCCUUCAUCGUACUUCAUGGAGGGAUUGACACUAUGGAAGGUUUAUUCACCUUGAUCUCAUGGGCAUCCAAAGGGUUACACAGUAAACCCAUUGGUCUUUUAAAAAUUGACGGUUAUUUCAAUAACCUAAUCAAGUUUCUAGAUGAUGCGGUGAGGCAGAACUUCAUGGCUUUGAAUCAGAGGAAAUUGUUCAUUUCUUCUUUCUUUGUUGAUGAGCUUUUGGAUAAUCUAGAGUUUGCUAAGGCUUUCCCGGGUCCUGGUGCUAGUUAUGACGAGUUUGCAAAUCCUGGAAGAUUAGACUUAGAGUUGCAUCUGUAAUAUAAUAUUGUCCAUGUACAUUAUGCGUUAGUCAUAAAUAUUGUUCUAAGCU